AACAACGGAAGCCAAAUAUUACAAUGGAUUUAAAAGAAGAAGACGAAAGUGCGAACGAAAGUGGCAGACAAUUGUUUUUAGUGGGUGCACCGCGUGAUCCUCUAGUAUCUACUGGAGCGAUCGUAGCUUCUGCUGGGGCACACGACGAGAUCAACCCCGGAGGAGAUCUACAGUCGACUGCUCUAGCUGGUCUGAUAGGCGCUCAAUCUUCCUCGGUUUGCUUUCCUACAAAAUUCUCAUACGAUUUUUCGCCGAGCCCGGGAAGCGAAGACAGGCAAUCGUCUGGAGUUGGUAAAAGGAAGCAACGUAGGUACCGUACUACGUUUACGAAUUUUCAAUUGGAAGAACUGGAAAGAGCUUUUCAGAAGACACACUACCCUGACGUAUUUUUUAGAGAAGAGCUUGCUCUACGUAUUCAACUGACAGAAGCCAGGGUACAGGUAUGGUUUCAAAACAGAAGAGCAAAGUGGCGGAAGCAAGAAAAACAGUGUAAAGUUACCACUCACUUGACUUCUCAUUUACCACCUUCUGAAUGUCAAGAAGUACAACAACAACAGCAGCAACAACAAUCGGAUCAUUUAUUAUUGGAACCACCAUUGGGUAGCCCUCCACCGAUAUAUCUUGGCAUGGAAUGGGCAGGAUUUUCACCAUACAGUAAUACAGCCACGGCAUCACCUCUCGUGGUUAACAGUAUGAACAAGCCAUUAGAAUCUGAAGCGGACGACAAUCCUUUGCUAGAUCCAGAACUGUUGCAACUAAAAGCUCCACGUUCCUAAUAACAAUAAUCUAAGCCCAUGCUGUAGUGUCUUAUCAGUAACAUAUCUUACUACGUUAUAUAAUAUUUUUUAAAGGCAAAGUGUAUAGUGCAAACGAUUCUUUGCAAUAUCACUUGAAUCUUACCAUAUAUCGUGCAAUAUAUAUCCGUAAACAGUGUUAUAUGUUAUUACCGGUUUAAACUGGUAUAUAUUGUAACUAAAAAGCGAGGGACCAAAGACUUAUUAAAUAACGUGGC